ACCGCACUGCACCGCACAAAGAGUCGCGUAGUCGUUUUGCAACAUAAGCAGACCGGGCUGCUCGAAUCCAUUCCGCACGGCAAACAAACGCAGAAUCAGCAUCAGCUACAACAACAGCAGCAGCACCACCAACAGCAAAAACAACAACCACAAGAAUCACCACCAACACCGCAUCAGUGGGAUUUGGUUCGUGAGCUUGUUGUCCACCAGACCCCAAAACAGACACUCCAGAACGCCACGGCACAGAACAGAACACCGGACGGAAGACACGAUGGAGGACUUUCGGCCACCACCACCCGUUGGUGGUCCGCGUUGGGACCUCGCGCGGCCCUACGAGCUGCCGUCGGGUCGCCUGCCCCGGUUGCAACAGCACUCUAGUGGCCGAGACGACACGGCCCCAAAUCGGUUGCCACAACAGCAGCAGCAGCAAGACGAAGAAGAACAACCGCACCUCGUUCCUCCUCCACUGGACACACAGGGAGUGCCGGCAUCGCCCUCCAGAGCGUCUUCCACAACGCCGCGAGUGAUGACCCGCUCCAGAACACCGACAUUGCCAGUGCAAUUGAAAUUGAAAAUCCCACCAACGCCAGAGCCCAAGCGAACAGCGGCCACACCAACCACGCCCAAACGACAAUGGAUUCGUUCCCCGGCCCGGCUGCCGAAACUCAACGCCCGCCUCGGCUUACGCAGCCGGUUUCGCGGCUCGAACCACACACCGGAUGGCUCCGAUGCAUGCUCUUCCUCGUCGUCGUCGUCCUCCUCCUCCUCUCGUGUUCGGAACCACCAACCUUCCGGCGCGGGGCCGAUGCCAUUCGACCGACACGAAUCGCACAAGGGCCCGCAGCACGAAAGAGAUCAAAAACCCAACGAAACAGACAACAAGCAUCACCACCACCACCACCACAACGACCACCACAGCGAGGGAGGACUCUUUCGAGACGGGAUGGACAUUGUCGCCUACCAGGAGCGGCCGGUGGUCAAGAGCGCCAGGAACAAGCACCGGUUCAAGCACAAGCGCCACCUCCUGAGGCCGGCCAAACGGUGCGAUCACCAAUCACCCGACGAGGCCACCGAGGAGAUCGUCGUGGGUGCCAUCGAGACCGUCGCCACCAAGAUCGGCCGGUCCCCCGUCCUGGUGUCCUUUGUCGGUCCGGACCAAGGGGAGGGACCCCCGCCGUCCUCUUCGGAUUCCCCCCGCUCCAUCCGGGACCGCAUCCCCACCGGGAGGUUUGUUUCCGAGGAUCGAGCGGGCCUCUGCGCCGGGACCGGUGACGGGGGCUACGGCUGCGAUUGCGAUUCCUACCCCGACAGCGGGGUUGUUUGCUAUCCGUACGAGGACCAGGACCAGGACCACUGCGGGGAAGAGGGGCAGGGCGGAGACCAAACCAUCGACGACGGGGUCGUCAUCUUUCGGGAGGCGGCACCGGGGACUAACAAACGACCGGUGAUCUAUAGGGAGGGAACGGGCAGAAACGGCAAAGACAGCAACGACAGCAACAGCUAUARUUUCAGGGCGGUCCACAACAGAGGGGACGGCGUGUUUUGCUCGAUCGAGAACACGCUGCUCACCAUUUGUUCGACCAUCAAUCGGGUGUGAMCAAAAUAUYGCCCGCUUAGUUCACACGAAAUGUGGGUUAUGUAACAAUAUAUUAGUAGUAGCAACAAACAUGCUAGCGCACUGCGCAAAACACAAAGAUCCAUUUCUCCAUCCGCAACCGCUAAAACAAAACUUGGGAGCGUUCGUUCUUUCUUGUAGGCAUUGGCGAUUUUCGUAGAUGCACUCGGUGUUUUUUCUCUCGGUCGGGUUCGGAUCGAAUCGAAUCGCUCCACACACAAUAAUUCAAAUUGGCUGUC